AAAAACAAGUAAAACAGAAAAUAAUGAGGAAGUCUAAUUUUGGAGAGCUGAUCUUGGUGUUAUCAAUAAUUGUUGCUCAAGUUAUGUUUGCAAAAAAUUUGACAGUGGCAUCAAAGGUUACUCACCGUUUUCAUCUCAAAGAGAAGAGAAAUUGCACUUAUGCAAUAACAAUAGAAACGACUUGUACAAAGGGGGCAGACACUUCCAACCAUGUGAGUAUAAGGUUCGGCGACUCAACCUCAAAUGACAUCUUAGUGCAUAGCCUUAACUCAAAACAUGUAAAAAGACUUGAUCCACUAGAGCCACAAGUUCUUAAUGAUGUGCCAAUAAAGCCAUUCGAAGCUUGCACGAUUGACCAAUUUCAACAUUCAAGCAAGUGUGUGAAAUCACCGGUAUGCUAUAUAUACCUAAAGUUAACGGGCAAAGAUGAUUGGCGUCCUGGCUUUGUACAAAUUCGAGUAUUUGAGGGCUCACAUCUCAGUUCAAAUUACUUUUACAUCCGGCGAUAUCUUCCAAGAAAUGUAUGGCAUGGUAUUGAUGCUUGUGACACGAAGGUUACCCCUUUUGGGUUAAAACACACUAAAAAAGUAUUCGGCUAGUAAUCCUGGAUUACUUGACCAAGU